GGUCAUGGCGCUGGCCGGCGGCAAGGAGGUGCUGCUAGUCGGUCGUCUGGUUGUCGGGAUCGCCGUCGGUCUCUCCAGCAUGGCGGUGCCCAUGUACGUGUCCGAGUCGGCGCCGGUCGCCAUCCGCGGCCGACUCGUCACGCUUACGGCGUCCAUCAUCACCCUGGGAGCGCUAGUGGCGUCACUAGUAUGCGGUGCCCUCUCCGAUGUCGGCGAAGGCUGGCGCUGGAUGCUGGGCCUGGGCGCAGCGCCGGCCGCCCUGCAGCUGAUCGGGUUCACGUUCAUGCCGGAGACACCGCGCUUUCUGGUCUCCAGGGGCCGCAACGAGCAGGCCCGCCAGGUGCUGCGCCGGCUGCGCGGCGACGGUGCGCACGUCCAGCACGAGUACGAGACGAUCAAGGCCGACUUUGACGCGCAGGAGGCACUUCUCCGAGAGAAGGCGGCGGCCGGCGGCGCCACGCGACGCGCCCUGCUCGCCGGCUGCUGCCUGCAGAUGUUCCAGCAGGUGUCGGGCGUCAACACCGUGGUCUACUACAGCGCCAGCAUCAUCACGCUGGCCGGCGUGCGUGACGCGAGCACUGCCAUCUGGCUCUCCUCCAUCACCAACCUACUCAGCUUCCUGGCCAAGUUCGUGGGCUUGGCGCUGGUGGAGCGCGCUGGACGCCGGCCCAUCCUGCUCUGGAGUGCCCUCGGCUCGGCGAUGGCGCUGCUGCUGCUCGGCGCCGGCUUCCAGGUCAGCGCCAGCGCCUCUCCGGCCGAUCUGGCGGCCGGGCCGGUCAACGGCUCCUGCCUGCCGAUCGUCUCUUCCUACAACUCAUCGGCGGCGGCCGGCCGCUGCGCCGACGCCGCUGCGCUGGGUGUGGAUGGGCUCACCUGGGCGCCCGACUGGUGCCCCACCGACUAUGCCUGGCUGCCCAUCACUGGCAUGUUCUUCUACAUCACACUGUACUCGCCUGGCCUGGGCGCCAUGCCAUGGACCAUCACCUCCGAGAUCUUCCCGCUGUGGGCCCGCAGCACCUGCAUCUCCAUAACCACAGCCGUGAACUGGUUCUUCAACUUGCUCGUGUCGCUGACGUUUUUGACGCUGACCCACGCCAUCACGCGCCAGGGCACGUUCUAUCUCUUCUGCGGCUGUACAGCCGCCGGCCUGGCCGUGUUCUUCAUGGCCGUGCCAGAGACUCGGGGGGUGCGGCUGGAGGAGAUGCCUGCGCUCUUCUCGCAGCCCUGGGGCCUCCACGCGCCGCGGCGUGCCCCGGCAGACCGGCCCAAACUGCAGCCAUAUGACAAUGAGGCGUACGACCCGUCUUGAUGACGUGUGAUAUACAGGAGAACUAUGCGUAGCGUUCUAGAUGUUUUGACCAUGCAUGUGCACCAGUCUUUUGUGUCUGUGCGUUGAUAAGUGAAUUUGGACGUGUUUAAAGUGUUUGGCCUAUUACAAUGUCCUGGACGUUGCGCACUGGGCUGAUUCCAAACUUCUGCUGUAAUCGCUCCAAUUGGCUUGUUUUCUGACAGUUCGCCAAUUGCACCUGCCUCUUGUUUUGAAACGUCACACUCGCGACGACUUUGCAACGUUUCGAGAGUUAAUCGAGAGCAUAGCUUGGGGUAAGCACUCUGUUCACGCUGGUCGGGUGGCUCGCAGUAUGCACACUUAGUUCAUUCUGGCAGUCAGAACUCGCCCACGGUUUCGUAUCCUUCAUCGUGCUGUGCAGCUUCCUGACAAUCCAUCGAAUGACCUGUCACGUUGGACGUUCUUUCAUCGAUAGAGACCCGAUUUUCCUCGAUAGGAUUCCGGACAUGGCGACUGGUGUCGCCUGAGCCUGCCAGGUGACAUUCCAUCCAUUCACCGUUUUACCAAACUCUGAAUAAUGUGCCGAACGGUCAGGUAUCGUACGGGGUCCCAACUCGCGCAUGACGUCUACACAUAACAAACAUCGCAUCCGCAUGCACAGAGCAAGCAGAAACUCAGUUGAAAGCACACAUCCUGGCCGGCCCGACUCAA